CUGAAUACUACUACUAGUCUAAAUCGAAACUGGCCUCCCUUCGAUUUGGACUUCCAUUUCUUCCCCCCGUCCGGCGGCUGCUUUCCAUCUCAAACCUCUCUCCUGCCGGCGCUCCCUUCCCCUUCCAUUGUCGCUGGCUCUCAUCUCUCUCCGUCCUCACCACCAACUCCUUUUCUCAAACUCAAUCCAUCUCACCGGAAUUCGUCACCAUGGCCGAAGUUACAGACGAUCUCACCAAGUUCGGAUUCCAGCGUCCAGAAAUGUACCAGACCAAUCUUGCUGGUUCCGUCGAUCCCUACGAUCGUCAUAUAUUUCUCUGCUACAAAACCUACCAGUCUUGGCCUCCUCGAAUCGAGACCUCCGACUCUGAUCUGCUUCCCAAGCUUCUCUAUGGGGCUUUUAAAGCCCGCAGGAAGGACAUACUUGUUCAGACUCGUAUUACUAUAUGCCAAGGAUUGGAAGGGACGGAGUUUUUGGAUGGCGACGUUCUCAUUUUCCCUGAGAUGAUCAAAUAUAGGGGCCUUGAGGAGUCAAAUGUUGAUAGUUUUGUGGAGGAUGUACUUGUGAACGGCAAACCAUGGACCUUUGGGGUGCAGAGUGUGCUGACAGGCUCUCAUGUAUUUGUGUGCGCUCAUACUAGUAGAGAUAAAAGGUGUGGUGUUUGUGGCCCAGCUCUUAUUGAGAAGUUUAAUGAGGAGAUUGAGUUUAGGACUUUGAAGGAUCAGGUGUUUGUGAGUGCCUGCUCCCAUGUUGGAGGUCACAAGUAUGCUGGGAACUUAAUAAUUUUCAGUCCUGAUUCAGAGGGAAAAAUUACAGGUCACUGGUAUGGUUAUGUCGCCCCAAGUGAUGUGGCUGACUUGCUUGAUUCUCAUAUCGCUAAGGGAGUGGUCAUAGAACGACUUCUGAGAGGGCAAAUGGGCGUUCAUGUCGAAGAAGCUAAAAAGGAGGAUGGAGAGGUGAAUUCUAAUGGAAAAGAAUUGAAUGGACAACAUGAGAAGAAGAAAAAGAAAGAGAAAAAGAAGGAUCAAGAAGAAAUCAUUGAAGAGAAAGAGAAUGUAUCAAGUUGUUGCCAGGUGAGCUCUAAUGGUAUUUCAUGCUGCAGAGAUGAGGAAAAGAAGGAGAUUGAGAAUGAGAAGAAGAAGAGUUUCUGCAAUCUGUCUUCUUGCUGGACAGAAAAAUGGGAGAAAAGUGAUGUUCUUGCAACAAUGGCUGUGUUUGGAGCAGUUGCAACUGUUGCUGUGGCUUAUAGCCUUUAUAGAAGAAGGUCUGCAUAAAAAUAUGAUUCCACUCAUCAACUAUAUAUCUUGAUUAUCUUAUCUACUAAAUCUUCUUUAUUAUAUGGCUAAUGUCCCUUGUUUCCUUAGCCAAAAGGGCGAGAAUUAUUAAGGUUAAAUAAAUUUGUAAAUCUGUUAAAUCACAUGUUGGUUUAGCAGAAUGUUUGCUACUAUUAUAGACUUAUAGUAUUUUACCUAAAUAACAUGGGAGAUCUGUCCUACUUAUAAUAUGAUUUUACCUUUUAUUUG